AUGAUGCUUUCUACUCUCAGCUAUGACGACAAACGCAAAAAGAACCUCUGUGACGACCACGUAGAAGGAUUACUCAAGUCCAUGCAUCCCAACUCCCCUGCCACGAAAGAAUCAGCAAGCUCAGCCCAACGACCCAGCAUUAUGAUUGUUGAUGGUGAGAUAGACAACACUAUUGCCAAUGAUGUGGAAUGUAUUAAUGCUUUAGUUGAUGGUAACAUGCGCAUAGCACAACCUGGCUAUGAAAUCGGUUCCCGUCUGCACCUGUCCCUUGUAAUGAGCUAUGGUUAUGUUCCAGAAGGAGAUGGCAGAGAUUUGUCAGUUUUGAUCUCUAAAUAUGAGAUGGAAGAUGCUCUUUCAAAGCUCUUCUCUCAUCAAAGUUAUACCAUGAAAGGAGAAAACCCACGAAAUGAUGUCUUGUAA